GCUGUUGCUCAUUCAUUUGACAGCGUUGCACGAAGAAGACCAAGAAUAUUAAACGAAACAAUGUCGAAGCGUGUUCAGCCGGCUUGGGAAGCACCGAAGGUCACCGACCGGGCCAAGUUGCGACUGUUUAACAGUUUAACCAGGCAAAAGGAGGAAUUUGUUCCAUUGCAGGGAAAUACGGUUACGUGGUAUAGCUGCGGACCAACUGUUUACGAUGCCUCGCACAUGGGUCAUGCACGAUCUUACAUUUCAUUCGACAUUCUACGACGCAUUCUUUCCAAUUAUUUUGGAUACAACAUUCACUAUGUGAUGAAUAUUACGGAUAUUGAUGACAAGAUCAUUAAGCGUGCCCGCCAGAAUCACCUAUUUAACGAGUAUGCUCAAGAGGCUGCCAAAUUGCCAUUGGAUCAAUUGCUGACAGAGCAAAAGGAAGUGCUUAAUCUAUUCCAGGCCACCUGCGCCAAAAACACAGAUCCCGAUAAGAAAAUAAUGCUGGACAAGACUUUGCAACGCAUGAAUGAUGCUGUAGAGGCUUUAACCAAGGCUGUUAGUCAAGGACAGGCGGAGAUUGUGUCGGAAAAGAGAACGAAUUAUCUAAAUGAGGCCAAGGAUCCCAUUUCGGAAUGGUUGGACAAACAGAAAGGUGCCCAAAUCAAUGAUAAUUCGGUGUUUGAAGCUCUGCCCCAAUAUUGGGAAGAUCAGUUUCACAACGAUAUGAAGUCACUGAAUAUUUUGCCGCCCGAUGUUUUGACUCGAGUCUCGGAGUAUGUGCCUCAGAUUGUGGCCUUUAUACAGCGCAUCAUUGAUAAUGGUCUGGCCUAUGCGGCAAAUAGUUCGGUUUACUUUGAUGUGAAUGGCUUUGACAAGCGAGAGAAACAUCAUUAUGCCAAAUUAGUGCCAGAGGCAUAUGGUGAUACCAAAUCACUGCAAGAGGGUGAAGGAGAUCUCUCCAUAGCCGAAGAUCGUCUAUCCGAGAAACGUUCGGCAAAUGAUUUUGCCCUUUGGAAAGCCAGCAAAGCUGGUGAACCCUGGUGGGACAGUCCCUGGGGUCGUGGUCGUCCUGGCUGGCACAUUGAAUGCUCGGCCAUGGCUUCCGAUGUUUUUGGCUCACAAUUCGAUAUUCACACCGGAGGUGUAGACUUGAAAUUUCCCCAUCAUGACAAUGAAUUAGCCCAGUCUGAGGCGGCAUUCAAUGAAGCCGAAUGGGUUAAAUAUUUCCUGCAUACAGGACACUUAACCAUAGCUGGAUGCAAAAUGUCCAAGUCAUUGAAGAAUUUUGUAACCAUUCAAGAGGCUCUGAAGAAACAUUCUGCCACACAAUUGAGGCUAGCAUUUUUGUUGCACUCAUGGAAGGAUACAUUGGACUACUCGGAGAAUACCAUGGAAAUGGCCACACAAUAUGAAAAGUUUCUCAAUGAAUUCUUUUUGAAUGUAAAAGAUUUGACGCGACAUGUUCUCUCUGAUGAACCAAGAAAACAAUUUGAUGCCUGGUCCGAGGUGGAGGCUGCUUUGCAAAAGAAAUUUGCCAGCUCUCAGGAGCAAGUGCAUGUGGCUCUUUGUGAUAACAUUGAUACUCGAAGUGCAUUGGAUGUGAUUAGGGAAUUGGUCUCAGCUUCAAAUGUCUAUAUACGCGAUAAUAAGACGCGUCUAAAUAGUCUAUUGCUACGUAAUAUAGCCACAUAUAUCACCGAUUUGUUGCAUGUCUUUGGUGCCAUUGCCGGACCACGUGGUGGCAUUGGCUUCCCCAUGAGUGGAGGCCAGUCUACAAAUGGCUCCAAUCAGGAUCUCGAGACUACCUUACUGCCCUAUGUUCAAUCGCUGGCCGAAUUUCGUAAUGUUGUACGGGAACAGGCUAAAGUCCUCAAGGCAUUUGAUAUUCUUAAACUUUGCGAUGAUUUGCGUGAUAAUAUUUUACCCAAUUUGGGUGUACGUCUCGAGGAUAAGGAUGGUGGUCAAUUUGCUGUCAAAUUGGUCGAUCGUGAUUCACUUUUGCGUGAACGUGAAGCCAAAUUGGCUGCCGAAGCGGAAAAAGCAGCCGAAAAGGAACGCAAAAAGCAAGCAGCCGCCGAAGCAGCAGCAGCCAAGGAGGCGCAACGUCGCAUUAAUCCCAAGGACUUGUUCCUUAGCGAGACGGAAAAAUACUCGGCAUUUGAUGAGAAUGGCCUACCCACUCAUGACAAGGAAGGCAAAGAAGUAAGCAAAGGACAGCUUAAGAAAUUGCAAAAGCUACAACAACAACAGGAACAGCGCUACAAAGAGUAUUUGGCAUCCGUAAAUGGAGCCUAGAUAUA